AUGGAGCUCGCAACUGAACUUCUUGAGAAGCAGACGGCCGUGACCUCCGGACGCCCUCGUGACGUCAUGGCUAAUGAAAUCUUAGGAUGGGGUACCUCUCCUGCAUUCCGCAAACAUGACGAGAAACACAAGAAAAUGCGACGAAUCAUGGCAUCAGCGCUCCAUCCAGCGGCUGCGCGAUCGUAUGCCUCACAGCAUUUGGACACCACUCUUCAGUUCCUUCGGGAAGUCGCCACAAACCCCGGAUCCUUUAUGGAUGCAACUAAUACAGCAGUUGGAUCAUUCAUUAUGCGUCUUGCGUACGGGUAUAUUUCGAAGGCGGGUAAGGACCCACUCAUUGAUAUGGUACACGAGUCGUUCCGAUAUCUCGGAAUUGCUACGUCAACUUACUUCCUUGUCAACGAUUUCCCUGCGCUGCGGUACUUGCCGAAAUGGUUCCCUGGAGCCCAGUUCCAAAGAAUCGGCAAGGUAGGUCACGACAUGCGAAUUCGAUAUGCAAACGAAACUUUCAACAUGGUCUUCGAUCAAUUGCGAAGGGGGCAGAUCGAGAGAUCUUCGUACGUCUCUGGCUUACUGGAAUCUAAAGGAGGGGAGAAUGCGAGCGAAGAAGAUAUAUACUUGAUUAAGUGGACUGCCGCAUCCCUCUUCACCGCGGGUUCAACAACAACUGCCAGCCUAGUGAACUCUUUCUUCUUGGUGGUCUCUUUGUAUCCUGAAUGUGCUAAGAAGGCUCAGGCUGAAAUUGAUAGCGUGGUCGGGCGCGACCGUAUUCCCACUCUGCAAGAUAGAGGUUUACUGCCAUACACAGAUGCCUUGGUGCAGGAAGUAAUGAGGAUGUGUCCUCCGGUUCCUUUAGGGCUAGCUCAUCUUUCCACCGAAGACAUUGAAUUUCAUGGAUACCGUAUUCCAAAGGGAACAACUAUCAAUCCAAAUAUUUGGCAAGCUGACUCUUUCCAGGCUCAAGGGCUUUAA